ACACAAGCAUAGCAAGUAACUGCCAUAACCAAAACCAGAGCUUCUUCUUUUUUUUUUUUUUUCUUUUUUUUCUUUCCUUCUCCUUUGCAAUAGACCAAACUGCUUCUCUGUCCUUCACUACCAAACGCUUUGUCACAAUGCAAUCCCUAACUUUCUCACACCGUCUCUCUCCAUUUCCGACCGCCACCACCACCAAAACCACCGUCAUUCCCCCCACAAGGAGUUCUUUCCGUCCAGGCAACUGCAUGUCUUCCCUGAACUCUUCUUUAGUUUCUGACGGGGCCAAGUUCACUGAAGCUGCUAAACAAGGAAAUUUAGUGCCACUUCACAGCUGCAUAUUCUCUGACCAGUUAACUCCGGUUACUGCUUACCGAUGCUUGGUUAAGGAAGAUGAUAGAGAGGCUCCAAGCUUCCUUUUUGAGUCUGUAGAACCCGGUUCUCGGGAUUCAAGUGUCGGACGCUAUAGUGUGAUUGGAGCUCAGCCUGCAAUUGAAAUUGUGGCGAAAGAAAAUAAGGUUACAAUUAUGGACCAUGAAGAAGGCUCACUGACUGAAGAUUUUGCUGAAGAUCCAAUGACAAUACCAAGAAGAAUUUCAGAGGGCUGGAAACCUCAACUUAUUAGUGAACUUCCGGAAGCUUUUUGUGGUGGCUGGGUAGGCUAUUUCUCAUACGAUACUGUGCGAUACGUUGAGAAGAAAAAGCUGCCAUUUUCAAGUGCUCCUGAGGAUGAUAGAAAUCUAGCAGAUAUACACCUUGGCCUGUAUGAUAACGUUAUUGUAUUUGAUCAUGUGGAGAAGAAAGUCCACGUAAUUCAUUGGGUGAGGCUGGAUAGAUACUCCUCCGUGGAGAAUGCUUAUUCUGACGGAAUCAAACGCUUAGAAAACUUGUUGGCCAGGGUGCAGGAUAUUGACCCGCCAAGGCUUUCUGCAGGAGCUGUAAACUUACAAACUCGCCACUUCGGUCCAUCCUUAACAAAUUCAAACAUGACAAGUGAUGAGUACAAGGGGAUAGUGUUAAAAGCAAAAGAACACAUUCUGGCAGGAGAUAUAUUUCAGAUGGUAUUAAGUCAGCGUUUUGAGCGCCGAACAUUUGCUGACCCAUUUGAAAUCUACAGAGCACUGAGAAUUGUGAAUCCCAGUCCUUACAUGACUUAUUUGCAAGCCAGAGGGUGUAUCCUAGUUGCCUCAAGUCCAGAAAUUCUCACACGUGUGAAGAAGAAUAAAAUAGUUAACCGGCCACUGGCUGGAACUAUCAGAAGAGGCAAGACAGCUGAAGAAGACGAGAUAUUGGAGGCACAGCUACUAAAGGAUCCAAAACAGUGUGCAGAGCAUAUCAUGCUGGUUGAUUUGGGCAGAAAUGAUGUUGGAAAGGUCUCAAAAUAUGGUUCCGUAACUGUGGAAAAGCUUAUGAAUAUUGAAAGAUAUUCCCAUGUCAUGCACAUAAGCUCUACGGUUACAGGAGAAUUGCAGGAUAAUCUUUCUUGUUGGGAUGCUUUGCGUGCUGCAUUGCCUGUCGGAACUGUUAGUGGAGCGCCAAAGGUCAAGGCAAUGGAAUUAAUCGACAAGUAUGAGGUAUCAAGGCGUGGUCCAUACAGUGGUGGAUUUGGAGGAGUCUCAUUUAUGGGUGAUAUGGACAUAGCAUUAGGUCUUAGGACAAUGGUAUUCCCCACAGGAGCUCGCCACGACACCAUGUACAUGUACAAAGACAUUGACAAACGCCGUGAAUGGAUAGCAUACCUUCAGGCUGGAGCUGGAAUUGUUGCUGAAAGUGAUCCUGAAGAUGAGCACCGUGAAUGCCAGAACAAAGCUGCGGGUCUUGCACGGGCCAUUGACUUGGCUGAGUCGGCCUUUAUUAACAAGUGACAAGCCUGUCACCCAGAGAAAUAAAGACAUUUUGUGCUGAAUCCUUCGGUACGCGAUCUCCGCUCCUCCACCAUACCUUUUCUAUAGAGCCACCUGCUCAGUGAGCUAGUGUUGCUUAGGGUGGAGAUAGAAAAGGAAAUAGUUUUGCCUAGUGCAUGUCAACCUGUAUUUCAACUUUUGCCUGCCUUUUAUACUGCAUAGAUAGAAAAAGAGUUUACAGUUACAAUCUUUAGGUUUCUAACUUCUAAGUUAGAGAGUAGAUGGGAUGUAAUAUGUAAGCAAAUGUGUGCUUGAAGUGAACUGUUUUUGUCUCUCUUCUGUAAUCUUUGCUCUUAUAAUAGUAACAGCAUGUCCUUCUCUGUGUAUUUA